CAGUUCUACAGGCAUGCUUAACCCGCGCAUUUAUGAUUAGAGUAACGGUGUUAUAUUUGCGCUUACAUCCAACGGUGCUGACAUAAUCAUGAUGGCGGGAGCCGAUCACUUUACACCACACUGCUAAGUGCUCCAUGACGGAAACUUUAAACUUAGACUUAAAUUUCUUCGUUCUUCUUCGGCGUUAUUUCCGUCGUCGUUCACAACGAUGACCAAGCCAACUAUUCUUCAGACGCUGCUGGGCAGACCGUCACAGACAUAUACUUUCCCUCAGGACAGGGACUAUCAUUCUACCAAAGCCCAUAUGCUCCGCGUGGCCUCAGCAGCCCAGAAGACGUCUGAUCUUCCAGAACACCAAACUAUACCCACAACCGUGAUGGGAAGAAAAAAUAGAUUGUCCACCACCGCUGAAAUUGUAUCUGUUGAAUCGCACGUCAUUGAUUCCAAACUUUGUCUUGACGGUCAACUUGACGACAAGGAUUCAGGCUCUGAAGAAGAUAUUUUCUAUACACCAGAUACUUCUCCAAUGGCGCCUUUGGUCAACCAGUUGGAUCUACCACCGAAUGUUGAUAAUGAUUCGGCUAUAGCGACCAGAACACCGUUUACUCCCCGCUCAACAACGACCUCUAUCUCAUCCAAUUCUCUUGACGGCCAUUCUAUAUUCUCUCUAGAUUCUAGUCCAUUAUCCGACUCUACUUUUAUCACCACUCCGAACGUCUCAGAUACUGGCCAUGACAUUGAUUAUGUCACGAAAUCUGCUAGGCGGUCAAAUCCAGAUCGUACGAAACAGCCGUCUUUGACUUAUACAGACGAAGACUGGGCAAAGGAUGUACGAUGGCUUGCUCCUCCAUCUGCUAAACUAUCAACCAAGAGAAAGUCCAAACCAUCUGCUAAUAACAACACCGUUGCAUCCACGAGUUAUUACAUUGCUCAGUUACCUCCGAAAAUCGUACCCCAGCCUCCGCUUCCUAGGCCUCGUCCAAGACCAAAGAUUAGGUCCAAGUCUGUUGGUAUCACUGCGCACUAUAGUAUAAUGUCGAGCAUGACUGCUUUGCUUGAAGAAGAAGACGAGGACAGAGAAUCUGCACAUCACCCAAGUCAAGGCAGUCUUCGUUCCGCUGCAGCUGUUGCUGCUUCACCCUCAGAACGUCUUAGAACCCAUUCUACCUCUUCUUCUGCUCGUCCACGACCAUCCAACUCAUUGAGACGACAGAACAAUCUUUCCACGAAGCCGCUGUCACGAAGAAAGUCUAGAUCAUUGGAACAUCUCCCACCUAUCACUUCCGCGCGGCGUCUUUUGCCCGAUUCCGUUCACUCUUUAUCAUCUUUCGCUUCCAGUACAUCAUAUGUUCCAUCAAUUCCAUCGUCCGGUACACCCGGAUACACCUCUCUCACCCUUCCCCGUGCUCCCCAACCAGCAUUUACUCCCAAUCCCAGCAAACGUGUUAGCGUUGUCGGAGGCGCAGAUGGCAAAAUCGAUCUGACACGGAGUGGGAUCGCACAAACGACGAUGGCUACAGUCGAGGUUACUAAAGGACUAGCAGGGAAUAUGAAGAGUGGUGUUUUUGGACUUGGGAAUUUACUCAAUAGAGCGCGUAGCCGGAGUGUUUCUGCGGCAAAAGGAAGUGUUACUGUUUCGCCACUGGAUGAACUUGGGACUACUGCUAGUUCUAGGUUCCGGUCAGGGAAAGCCGGCGUUGAUGCAGUUUUGAAUUUUACGAGUUAUCGUCGACCUCCGGAUUAUAUCCCAGGCGGAGGUGUGCUGGUACAAGUAUGGGCUGUAGCGGUGGAUGGGAUCGAUGCAAAACUUGCUGGUGUUGUGCAUUCCAGAGUAGAAGAAGGAAGAAAUCCACGAUUUAACAUCCCUAGUCAAAGAACAAGCGAAAAAGAGGGUACAAAGAACACGUCAUCGAGUACUAGACCAAGCUUAUUUCGGAGUGUGAGUGCUAGGAAGCACAAACGGUCUGAGAGCGAUAAUAAUUCUCUCGGCCGAAAAAGUUCCGUGGGGGUACACUCGAUAGAUCCUGAUGUUGGGUAUAUACCAGGCCGCAGUUUCGUUGGGAGGGUGUUGGAGUGUGGAUGGGAUGUUAGUGAAGAUGUUGUGCGGAAGGGGGAAUGGGUUGUGGGGCUAUUGGAUGUAAGAAAGUGUGGUGCAUUGCAGGAAUUCAUCGUAGCGGAUCGCCAUCGAGUUCAUCGGAUACCUCACCCCACAAUCCCCUUUGUGUCCCCCCUCGCUGACUCAGUGUCAGAAUUUUCCGAAACACCACUACCACCCACACGCGGAGCCAAACACUCUCAUCGGCAAGCCUCUUCCUCCUCUGCCUCUGCCUCCCAUCUAUCUUCACAUUCACGUUCAAACUCUUCACCCUCCCGUGCAUCCUCCCUCUCUCGACCCGGCCGACCUCCAAAUCUAAAUCUCGACCCGCCACCACUCACCCUCGAAGAAUACGCACUCUUACCUUUAUGUGGCAUCUUUGCUUAUCGAGCUGUCCGGACCCUCGCUUACGCAUUCGGUAAACCGAUGCCGAGCUCUGCCGAACCUGGAAAUUUCUCUCCUUCUCCAAGGCGUAUUAACGAGCACGAGGAAGGCAGUCGUCGUCGCCGCGCUCUUGUUUUGCGCGGACACGAUGGUGUAGGUGCGAUAGCUGUGCAGAUGCUAGUGAAACGUGGAUGGAGAGUAUGUGUUCAUGCUUCGUUUCUACGUGAUCCAGAGUUGGUUGAGGAAGGGUCGAGGGAGGAGAGGGUGUAUAUGGAGAGUGUUGAGAGGAGAGUGAGGAGAUGGGGUGCGGAGGAGGUGGUGUUUGAUGAUGGUGGAGGUUCUGACCCUGAAGGAGGAGGAGGAGGAUGCGAGGAUGGAGUUGCAGCUGUCGUCCGGGUUAUUGAGCGGCUCGUUGAGGACGGGGACGUCUUCGAUGCAGUCCUGGAUACCGUAGGAGGGAAAGAAAUAUGGGAAGCCUCGGAAAGAUUAUUAAGGAACACAGGUGUUCCAUCUCCCUCUCCAGAUUCAAUCUUUCCUUCUAUCUCUUCGUCAUCUGAAAUAAAGCCAAGCUUACUUGGCAGGAGAAAAAAGAAAGACAAGAAUAACGAUGCUUCGCCUUUACCUGGAAAUCAAUCUCAUCCUGGGGGGACAGGUCAAUUUACCACUCUUGUUGGCGAUACCCCUAGCCGUCCAAUUCCCACUGCUAGCGAUCAUUUUAGAGCGGGGUUGAGGUCCAUGAAGAACACGCACAAUGCAACAACAACGAAAGAUGGAUCGAACCGAUCUCCGGUCAAGAAGGGUGCGAACGGCAAUGGUAAAGUCGGGUAUGCUUGGGUGAGCGUUGCGCAGGAUGUUGAUUGGGAAGGGGAGGAUAUAAGGGACAGUUUGGGUGCUGUUGUUAAGAUGGCGAUGAGUGAGGGUGUGAGGCCUUGGAUUGGUGGAAGUAAAAGCGAGGGAAAUGACGAGGCCAAUGAUAAUGAUGAUGAUGAAAGAGUAGUGCCUUUCGAACGGACUCCGCGGAUUUUUGUCGCAAACGGACCAUUGAGUAAUGGGGGAACGGCGGUAGUCAAGGUUGUUGAGUGAGUGAGUCGAGUCAAGUGAGCCUUUUACGCUCUCUUGCUCCUGGUUCCUUCAUCUCUCGUGGACGAUCCGGUUCUUUAUAUUUUUCCCGUGUUCCUUUCAGUCUUGCCCUUGUUCACAUACACGCACGCGAUACUAAUGAUUACUUAUCAUGAGCGAUACCAGCACAUCCUCAUCAGCAAAAAUUGUUACAAUAGUCCGGACUACUCAUAGAGCAUACAUACUAUGUACUUAUCAUGAAGAGUAAUUAUUUUGCCUUGUGUGGAUGAUGUCACAAUAACAAAGGAAAUAGGCAGGGGACUCAAAUCCACCCUGCUCCUGUC